CGUUAGCCCGCGCUACAGCGGAAAACACCUCACACUCUGCAACUCUACUGAAAAAAGAAAAGCUCACAUUAGCUUUAUUUUUGCAGACGCUGUUACGCGAAUGCAACCGUAUAUAUAGAGCCACCGCCCCUGUUAUCUCUUCAAAUCAAUCGGCAAUGGCGAGACGAGACGACUCGAAUUCGUUUGAGGAAGAACUCGAAGUGAAUCCGUUUUCGGACUCGAGGAAGAAGGAUAAAGAGCUUGCUGCAUGGGAAUCAGAUUUGAACAGGAGAGAAAGGGAGAUCAAGCGUAGGGAAGAGGCUGUUGCUGGAGCUGGUGUUAUUGUGGAUGAUAAAAACUGGCCCCCAUUUUGUCCCAUUAUUCACCAUGAUAUAGCCAACGAAAUUCCAAUCCAUGCUCAGAAAUUGCAGUAUCUGGCUUUCGCAAGUUGGUUAGGCAUUGUCUUUUGCCUCUUUUUCAAUAUCAUUGCCAUCACUGUUUGCUGGAUAAUGGUUGAUGGGGUCAAGAUCUUCCUCCUUGCAGUAAUAUACGCCCUACUUGGAUGGCCUCUCUCGUAUGUGCUUUGGUACCGGCCUUUAUACCGUGCAAUGAGGACUGAUAGUGCACUGAAAUUCGGCUGGUUUUUCUUGUUCUACUUGCUCCAUCUUGGUUUUUGCAUAGUUGCUGCAAUCGCACCCCCUAUUUUCUUUUACGGGAAAUCAUUAACGUAA